CACGCAAAUCUGCAGUGAGUGUCUGCAGAGCAGGGGGCAAGAAGAAAAAAGAGGAGUAGCAUUCUAUGCUAGCAGCGCUGACAGAGGAAAGCUGUCACCCUUUGGUUCAUGUUUACGUUCCUAACAUAAGGUGUAAUAAUAAUCACCAGGACAUCCUUUCUUAACUGGUAACUCAGGCAUGGAGGCUUCAGCAACAGGCUGUGGUUUGGACGGACAGGGGGCGACAGCAGCAGAAUCCAGUCUUCCUGGAUUCAGGAGGUCUUCCAUUAAGCCGGACUGUGCUUUGCUGGAAGAGGCAGCUCAACUGAAAGCAGAAGGAAAUGCUUUCUACAAAGGCAAAAACAUUCGCUCAGCCAUUGGUCGUUACCACCGGGCUCUGUUGAUACUCCGAAGCCUGGACCCUGAGGUGAUGACAUCCGUGAGAGGGUUUGGACCUGAAAAACCGGCUCUGGCGCCGGAACUGGAGGCUUUAUUGAGAAGCAUACAAGUGGACUGCUACAACAACUUAGCUGCGUGUUUGCUGCAAAGACAGAAAGUCGACUACGCCCGAGUGCUGGAGUACAGUCUGCGAGUGCUGCACUGGCAACCAGGCAACAUCAAGGCGCUCUACAGGGCAGGCGUAGCCACACUAGAGAUGGGAGACGCACAGGCAGCCAAACAGUACCUCACCCAGGCUUGCACAGAGCAGCCUCAUGAUGCCAACGUGCGCAAGCAUCUGCAGAGGGCAGAAGAGAGGCUAAAUCGGGAGCUUCAAAAAGAGAAAGCCUUGUACCGAGGCAUGUUUGCCUCCAUCCAGAAGGACAGCAGCACCGAAGAAGAAAUUAACCAAACCAACUGAGCGAACAACAGUUUACAGGGAGAGGAAAAAAGCUGCUCAGUGCCAAACAAAGCCUGAACUCAAAGUGAGACUUCACACCGUCAAGACGAAUGAUCCAGUAGACUAUCAAUUUUUUGAGUUCUAAUAUACAGAUGAAUGUUUGUGCAGAAUACUCUACAAGAGUCCCUCAGACCCUAAAUAUGCUGAAGCUGAAAAUAGAAAGUCGAGGAUGAUUGGUUUCCUAGCAACGUGAAAAUGAGCGAUAGUCCAGUAAUCCAUGCCUGUGAAAGCUAAGGAGACUCUUUAUAUGCAAAUCAAAUGCCUCCAUGACUGCAGUUAUCAGCUCAGUGACGUGAAUGUGACAUCUGUGUGGUCCAAAGGAAAAUACUUUGGAUUCAAUUCCAGUUUGUUUUUCACCAAAUGAAAAGAAAAUAAAUGACAUUUUUUGACACG